GGAGGCGCUCUCCUCAACACUUCAACAGAGGAGCACAAGAAAUGUGGACAGUGUUGAACGAGCAGACAGAGACUACUGAUGAUGGGGCGAAAUUCCUCUUUUCUGCCGUUAUAAAGUCCAUUCUUUUAACCACUCGCCCUCAUCUUUUGGAGAGGAAGAGCUGUCAUGGGAGGCGUGCAGCACUUCUCACGCGUAUGGAUUGAUGGAGAACCGCGAAACUUCACAUUGGAUGAAGAACAUCUCGAACAUGUGUGUCAAGCGCGGCAGAUUCCUGGAACGUAAACGUGAUACAUUGUAACAAAGGGUGAGGUGUGCACUGGACCACUAGGCAAUGAGGAGUCAAAAAUCCUGCGAUCGGACGUCGACUGCACCUUCCCGUCAAUGCCUGCCACGAUUCAGUCUUCACUCCAGGAGAAAGAAAGAGGGUGUGAUACAGGGAAAGCUGCGUAUCCGCUCCAUGCCUGGUGCCUUUCUGGUGCUCGGGGGGGUGGUUGUUAUUGUUGGCACUGCACUUGCCGUGGCAGGCUACUGGCCAUACCGGUCCCAUCGCACAACUCUGGACACGGUAGUGGAAGGGUCCCCAGCCACCGCAGGAUGGGAGUUAGGGUCCAAAAGCCUGUUUUCUCCAGCAAGUUUGGUUCACAGCGAAAGGAUGAAAUUACUGGGUCCCGUCAUUAUGGGAGUGGGACUCUUUAUACUUAUUUGUGCCAAUACGGUCCUCUAUGAGAAUCGGGACAGGGAAACUCAAAUGCUUCUAGCUCAGAUGAGGAGUGUGAUAUGCUCUGUUUCUGCAGCCGUUCCUUCAGCAGACCUUUUACAGGUCAACUCUCUUGCCAGGCACUACCAGUGGGUCAGUAGUUUACCUGCAGCCCACCUGAACAUUCUCUGCCUGCAGGAAUUAUCCAGCUCAGAGCCGCUACUCCAAGUCAAGAGCAUGGAUGAGGAGGACAGCAUACAGCAGAAAGAAACUAAGCACACUGAGGUUCUCCAUCAUCAGGACUCUUCUUCCACCUCUUCUAUUCAUUCAUCCAACUCCUGCAACAACAGCAAAGUGAUCUUUUGUGACAAGGAGCAGGGGACCACGUCUGCACUGGAUCUGCAGCUGGAAAGUCAUUUUGGACUCAGCAACUGUCUGACCGCAUCCUCGAUGUCCACACUAGGUGGCUGGGACUAUGAGCUCUUCUCCAUCCCACCCAGGCGGUCCUACAGCAUGAGCCACAAGACUAGACAACAGAUACUGCCCAGCGAUGUUGUGCGUCAAGAGGACAAGUCCAUGACCUCCUUGGAUCAUCACAGAUUGCUUCCAAGCAAAUCCAGCUCGGAGGUGUGUGUGAAUAUUGUUGGGGUUGACCUUGAAUUGAUACCUGUGGAAGAGCAAAGAAACAGCAGCUGGCCCCGACUAGACCUCGGAAACGUCAGGAGGUACCUCAAGCUGGAGAACAAAGAGGACUCUGUGGACAGGUUACUGGACCAGCUUGAGCAGCAAUGCUUACAGCUAAACACAAGCUAUGGCUCGGGUCCCUUCCAGUGAGGCAAGGUUUAAUGAUUACAUCAGGGUUACUGGAUUGGCAAAUCUCACAGUCAUACGGAAAAGCCUCACAAGGUUAUGUACACCUGGAAUAACCAAAAGCAGAAAUGAGCACACAUUUUUGUGGAUGUCUUUGCACAGUUUCCGGAAUCCCUUGAGGCUAAUAGAUCUACAAGACCUAGCCAGUUGUCUCACUUGACUAGUUUCAUAACUAGUUUGUUCGGAGAUAUGUGGCAGAUGCAAAUGUCACUUGAAAGGUCAAAAAAACAUGGUACGUACUGCCCUGGUAUGGAUAUAUUAACAUACGUAAUGAAGGAACGUAGGGGUGGAGGUAUGUUCAAGACAUGAUAACCGCUACACCGCAUGAAUCCCUUAACCUGUGUCUAAAUGGGCAACGGCAAGAGAUGGUUUAUAACUCUUCUAAAGCACUACUUGUUUCCAAGACACAGUAAGCAACAUUUCAAGCAUCACAAAUAAAGGUACAAUAAAGAUAUUGUCAGUAAAUAGAUAGAAGAGACUUAUGAAGUUAGGUUGGGCGGAAGCAUGAUGCCAUGAUCUUGAGAUUUGUACUAAUGUGUUAGUAUUAAUGAGUGCUGGUUAUUUGACCAAUAAUACACACUUUAUCUGGUUCUUCCUUUGCACAUUGUUCGUAAAUCUUUGCCAGAGCAUUUGCUCUCCUCUUCUUCAUCUAAGCCUUACGGCGAUAUAACAGAAGAUUAAAUAACGAGGGCACACUGCUCUCUUGACUUCAUUUUUGAAGGUGAUCAGUGUCUUUGCAUGCACUAAUGCGGGUACAUAAUUGCUUUCCCUUUAAAGGCUGGAGCCCGACCGAGCCCCUCCUAUUUGCAGUGAGAAUGUGUGACUUCACUUUUUUGUUUGUUUACAAAACAAUCUCCAUCUCUAUUUUGUUUGUUUAGCCUGUUUGUGAAUGCUGUGUUGUAUGCCAUGUGUUAAUGUAUACUGAGCAAUAUCCAGAAUCUGACCGACCUAUGAGUAUUUAUGUCAGACCCUUUACACAUUUGACAUGCCUGUGUUGCAAAUAAAAGGCAAAACCAAAUCAA